UUACGGAUUNACGGAUUGAUUGCCCAUGGCUUCAAAGCGUGCCCGCGCCUCUACUGUCUACGACCGGAGUGUCACGGUCGUUCAUUUUGCUAUAACUGUCAGCGUCCAUGGCAUCCUUCUAGGAAUCCUACAACACCAGAAUCCACGUCCGAUCCGGACGAUUCCACACCUCACGUUUGCUCGCCGGAAAAUGAGGAGCGAAAUGACACAGUGGAAGGUGUCAUGGCAUUCUUUGGAGUGCGACGGCUCCGCCGUCGUACUUCAGCAAUCAGUGAACCGAGUCCCAGUCCAGCCAGUGCGUCCCAUCGAUUUUCCUAUCCUCGAAUGCAAUCAUCCGGACCAUGUAUCAGUGAAGAGGCGUCCGGCGAACCGCUGUUCGUUGCCAGUGAGACGGUCGGUCUGACCUCCAGGUGA